AUGAUUUUAGGGGGAAGGGGAUCUAGAAGUGAAGCAACUGGUAGGGGAAGUUCAAGUGGAUCUGGGAGAGCAAGAGGUAGGGGUGCUCCUGGUGGUGAAGUGGUUGGCAGGGGUGUUCAUGCUGUUGCAGGGGUUGGCAGGGGUGUCUUAGGUGGUGCAGUUGCUGGCAGGGGUGGCAGAGGUGUGUUAGGUGGUCCAGUUGCUGGCAGGGGUGUCUUAGGUGUUGUAGGGGCUGGCAGGGGUGCAAUAGGAACUGGAAGAGGGAGAGGGAGAGGUAGGGGGAGGGGAAGAAAUCAGAUUCCUGUUGGUGUGGGUGUUUUAUUUAGUGCUGAUGGAAAUCCUAUAUCUCAUGUCAUUGGUGAAAGAGUAACUCAAGAUCCACAAUCAAAUCAAGCUUCUUCUGUUAUGAAUCCAACUCAGUAG